AUGAAGCCUUCCAAAAAAAAAGUUUACAUCCGAAACGGAAUUAUCUACCACGGUGAUGAGGCUAUUCAUGCAAAAAAAUUAUCGGAGGCCGAAAAACAAGUAAAAGAGUUGAAAGUUUCACUUGAAAACAUUGCAGCCUGUGACUCUAAUGGCCCUAGUGAUCCUAACGAUCCUAACGAUCCUAAUGAUAUGCCGACAUUUUCUGCCUGCAACGGUGAAAAGGAUGGUUGUGAUCGUAAAACUUUUGGCAAAAUAUCCCUUCCGUUUGGAAUGGGGAAAGCCCAGUUCGCUAAAAUGACUACCUGUGGAAAUGUACUAGGAAGCGAAAAAAAAGUGGGUAUCAAUCACUAUAAUUCUACUCAGAUCAGUGGUCAAGCGCGUAACUUCGAAGCGACGGUUUUUGAUUCAGAUUACAGCAGAAAUAUUAUUGGUGACAAUAACAAAGUGAAAAUUGACGACGAAAAUGUAAAUGUUGCUAACUACUUGCAUGAAAACGUCCAAAUCACUGCAGUCAAUGAGGUUGCCCACGAUAAUAUAAUCGGUUCCAAUAACAGGGUGAAUAGUAAGCGCGUAAAUCGGAGUCUCAUCAACUCCAGAGUAGGAAACGUCAAUUUAACAGGCGUUGACGCGAGUCUUCACAAAAAUGUGAUUGGAGAUGGCAACAUGGUAACCUCUUUUGAAGCAAAUUUAACUGGGAUUAACAUAGAACAUAGAAAUGUCAAUAUUACAGGAAUUAAGAGCGGUGCUAGCGGGAAUGUGAUUGGGGAUGGCAAUAUAGUUACCUCUUUACGUGCAAAAGCAACGCUUAUCAACUCUCAAACGGAAAACAUCAAUAUAUCGGGCCCUGAUGUCUCCAAAGAUAAAACAAAUAUAGGAAGAAACCUCAAGCUGGACGGUCGAGCAACCUUUACUGGAAUCAAUCAUCAAAGAGGGAAUAUCGGUAUUAAAAAAGACAAGUCUGGCAAAUUGAAAUUCAGCGCGGAUGCGACCUUGUUCAGCAACCAAGAAAACAACAUAAUUAUAAAUAAAGGUCAAUCUGGUAUUAGAGCAAGCAUAACCGGGACCGGCAGAAGUACGGGAAAUAUAGUCAUAAGCGAACCAUCACUUGGUGCUGAUAUUGGCUUCAGCGGACAGGUCUCUUCUGGUAACGUAAGUAUCGGCACACGUCUACAGCUUAAUUUCGGGCCUUCUUUGGACAUAGGACUACCUCUUGGAGGAAGUUCAAGUGGCGAUGACAAUAACGAUGACAAUAACAAGAGUGGUGACAAUAAGGGUGGUGACAAUAAGGGUGGUGACAAUAAGGGUGGUGAUAAUAAGGGUGGUGAUGAUAAAACUGGCAGUGACGAUAGAGACGACGGUGGCGACCCAAAUACUCACGAAAACAAGGACAAUAUCAAGGGUGGCGACGAUAAAACUGGCAGCGACGAUAGAGACGGCGGUGGCGACCUAAAUACUCACGAAAACAAGGACAAUAUCAAGGGUGGUGACGAUAAAACUGGCAGUGACGAUAGAGACGGCGGUGGUGACCCAAAUACUCACGAAAACAAGAGCGAUUGUUCAGAUAAGGACGUGACACGUGCUAGCGGAGAAAAUGAUUCAUCUAAUAAUGAAACUGCCCCUGAAAAUUACUUUUUCUUCAUCACUAGCAAUCAGGAUUCUGCACUGGAAUUUCAAAAUGAUGACAUAUAUGGAAGUGACCAAAGCAACUGCAAUAAUACUAGCACAUAUCAACCUUAUCCCACGGGCGAUUUUAUCAUCUCAACCAAUGGACAUGACCAAACUACCACCAGCAAUUCAUUCCAAAAUGGUGACAUUCAUCGGGAUGAUCAAAGCAACGACAACGACAACGACAGCAAUACUAGCACUUUUUUUACCUCCACAGAUGGAUAUUCUUCUCUCCCCGUUAUGAAUGACUUAAACUCUUUUAUUGUCGAAGAUGUUACCACAUCUUCAUUUGGCACGGAUCAAGGUUCUGCACAGGAUGCGCAGAGCAAUCAUGAGCCUAUUAAACUUCGUAACAUUAGUUUGCAGGCAGAUAACACUAUUGAAGGGAAUAGUAACUAUAUCAUUAAUAACGGCAAUGACAGUAUAAAUCACAUCGCAGGUGAAGCAAAUCAUUCUAGCGCAGAAAAUAAAUUUCUCCCAUCCACCACUUCUAAUGACAACACAAAAUCUUCCUUAUCUUCGGGCAAUGACAAUACGAAAUCUUCAAUUUUGGAUAGCGCUGAUGGAGCUGGAAAUCCGCAAAGUCUUACAGUAUUUGAGCAAGUCUUGGCAGACACAAUUCGCGAGCAUCCACAUUUGGCCCCAGCACUACGUACCUCACUAUAUAAUACCACUCCUACAUCGGAUUCUAAUUCAAAAUCCUCAGGAAAUUCUGCUAUAGAUAUUGAUGCUUUUAUUAAGAGGGGUAUUCAUCGUGCUGAAGUUGCUGUAAAACAUAAGCAAGCCCAGAAAGAUGAUAGCAAUUUAUCCGUUACAUCUGGUCCUAGUGAGUCCACACGUGCCGAAGAAGCCACAAAAGGUAGUAAUCAAACUCAGAAAAAAGGCGGCUCUACACACUCUGUCGAUGACAAACUAUCGCAGAAAAAAUCGAAGGAAGAUGAAAAGGAAGAGGAGGAAGAUGAAAAGGAAGAAGAGGAAGAAGAUAAGCCUGCAAAACCAUGCAAAAAUCACUCUCCGAGUGUCCGUUGUUUUCGUUGUCUGUCAGGUGCCAAAGGGAAAAAAGUUAAAAAAUUGAGAGGAAAUGUGUUUGGUUUUGCUAGUUGA